CAACGGUUUGUUUCUAUGUGAUGUGAUAGGACCUUAUUAGAAGUCAUAAUGAAACUCAAGCGGUUUCUCCUCAGAUAUUAUCCGCCAGGUAUAAUCCUUGAAUACGAGAAAGGAGGAUUUCUGAGGACCAAAUCAAUAGAUCUUUUGGAUUUGACUCCAGAAACAAAUCCAGAUGAGUUGGUGGAAGAAAUCAGACAAUCAGAGCCUCUGGUCACAAAGGCUCAGGCUGAUCAGGUCAAACAGCUGGUUAUUCGACUUCAGAAGAAACAGACCCAGCAGGACCAUCACAGGUUCUGUUUCUCCAAGGAGCUCAAGGCACACAUAUUGCCACUGACAAAUGUUGCCUUUGACAAAUCUGGGUCAAGGUUUAUAACUGGGAGUUACGACAGGACAUGUAGAGUCUGGGACACAGCCUCAGGCACAGAGCUGCACGUGCUAGAGGGUCACAGAAACGUGGUGUAUGCAAUUGCGUUCAACAACCCUUAUGGAGACAAGAUUGCGACUGGCUCUUUUGAUAAGACCUGCAAACUGUGGUGUGCCGAGACUGGCAAAUGUUUUCAUACUUAUCGGGGACACAUGGGAGAAAUAGUGUGUCUUGCAUUCAACCCCCAGAGUACGCUGGUGGCCACAAGCAGUAUGGACACCACUGCCAAGCUGUGGGAUGUGGAGAGUGGGGAGGAAGUGGCCACACUGACUGGUCACACCGCAGAGGUCCUCUCGCUGUGCUUUAACACAGUGGGUAGUCAACUUGUCACCGGUUCCUUCGACCACACAGUCACUAUAUGGGAUGUUGCUUCAGGAAGACGGGUCCACACACUCAUUGGUCACAUGGGAGAAAUAAGCAAUACUCAGUUUAACUGGGAUUGCUCCUUGAUUGUUACUGGUUCCAUGGAUAAAACCUGCAAAGUUUGGGAGACUGUCAGUGGGAAGUGUGUUGCCACCCUCACUGGACACAAAGAAGAGGUGUUGGAUGUGUGUUUUGAUUUAAGUGGUCAACUCAUUGCUACUGCCUCAGCUGAUGGGACAGCAAGAGUGUUCAGUACAGCAACACAUCAGUGUCUUGCAACCUUAGAAGGCCACGAUGGCGAUAUCUCCAAGAUCUGUUUCAGCCCUCAGGGCACCAGAGUCCUGACUGCCAGCUCAGACAAGACAGCUCGGCUCUGGGAUGCUCACUCUGGAGUCUGCUUACAAGUCCUGGAGGGGCACACAGACGAGAUCUUUUCCUGCGUCUUCAACUACGAGGGUGACACAAUCAUUACAGGCAGCAAGGAUAACACAUGCCGGAUCUGGUACUGAACAUUACCUGAGGCUCAGGAGGGCAUUUACAUGAACACAACAAUCAAAUUGUGUUUGCCAAAUAUUGCCCACUUUGUGUCUGCUCGAUUGUGGACUACUGUAAAAGAAAAACACAAAAAAAUCACAAACUCCUGCUCAGUUUAAA